AGUAAAAACCAAUAUGAUCACUAUGUGUUCAGUAUGGUCAAGAAUGGUUUUUUUGUUUGUGCUUAUUCUUCUUAUUAAUGUUAAGGUCUCUAAUGGAGGACAAACCAGUGGUUAUGUUAGAAACCCUUCACCGUCCAUUGACAUGCCACUCGAAGCUUUUCCUCCUCCUCAUGGUUUCAAUGCACCAGAACAGGUUCAUAUAACACAAGGAGACCAAGUAGGGAGGAGUGUGAUUGUUUCAUGGGUGACACCAAUAAAGCUUUACCCUAAUUAUGUGAGGUAUUGGGAAGAAGGCAACCACAAGCACAACCACAUGGCUCGUGCCACAACCACAUCUUACAGAUAUUAUAAUUACACUUCUGCCUUUAUUCACCAUGCUACCAUUAAAAGAUUAAAGUAUGACACCCUUUACUCUUAUGAGCUCGGACAUGGCUCUGUGACUCGUCGUUUCUCCUUCAAAACUCCUCCUCCAGUAGGCCCGGACGUUACAUACACAUUUGGGGUUAUUGGUGACUUGGGACAAACAUAUGACUCCAACCAAACGUUGGAACACUAUGUGUCAAACCCCAAAGGACAAGCAAUGUUGUUCAUUGGAGAUCUUUCAUAUGCAGACCAUUAUCAGUUCCAUGACAGCAGGAGGUGGGAUUCCUGGGCUCGUUUCGUCGAAAAGAGUACUGCUUAUCAGCCAUGGAUUUGGACAGCAGGCAACCAUGAACUCGAUUUGGCACCUGAGAUUGAAGAAAACGACCCUUUUAAGCCUUACAUGCAUAGAUAUCAUGUACCUUAUGAGGCUGCACAAAGUACUUCCCCACUUUGGUAUUCCAUUAAGCGUGCUUCAGCACACAUAAUUGUCCUGUCUUCGUACUCGGCAUAUGGUAAAUAUACUCCACAGUACAAUUGGCUUCAGAAAGAGUUUCAAAGGGUUGACAGAUCAGAGACUCCAUGGCUUAUUGUGCUGCUUCACUCUCCUUGGUACAACAGCAACAAUUACCACUACAUGGAAGGAGAAAGCAUGAGAGUCAUGUUUGAACCUUGGUUUGUUCAAAACAAAGUGGACAUUGUCUUUGCUGGUCAUGUUCACUCCUAUGAGCGUUCGGAGAGAGUAUCAAACAUUCGAUACAACAUAGUCAAUGGACUCAGUGCCCCAGUUAAGGAUCCUUCUGCACCAAUAUACAUAACUAUUGGCGACGGUGGUAAUAUUGAAGGGGCUGCAAACAAUUUUACUGAACCACAGCCAAGUUACUCAGCAUAUAGAGAAGCAAGCUUUGGGCAUGCCAUUCUUGACAUAAGAAAUAGGACACAUGCUUACUACACGUGGCACCGAAACCAAGAUAGCGAGGCUGUUGCUGCUGAUUCUCUUUGGCUAUAUAACAGACACUAUUUUCCAGUGGAGGAGAACACAUCAUCUUCUACUAUGGUUUAGGUUUAGGUUUAGGUUUAGGUCUUGUAGAUUGUCUUGUUUUUAAGUAUAAUAAGUAUGUUAACUUAAUAACCUACCCUGCAUGGUUGUGAUUUAGCAAGUGUUGUUCAGAUUU